UCCUGCAUAGAUGGUUUAGCUUCUCAAGAGUAUUUAUGUAUUCUCCUAUUCAUUUUCUUCUUUCUAUAGGUGCUUGAGACAUGAUUCUUGCUGUCCUCCUGGGCUUCCUGUACUUGGGAGUGGCCUCAGCUGCUCCAACACCAGAUUACAGUUUGGAUGCUGAGUGGGAGGAGUGGAAAAAGAGCUAUGAUAAAACAUACAGCCAAGAGGAAGAAAGACAGAAGAGAGCAGUAUGGGAAGACAAUGUGAAAAUGAUCAAACUGCUCAGUAUGGAGAAUGGCCUGGGGAUGAACAACUUCACUGUAGAGAUGAAUGAAUUUGGUGACUUGACUGGUGAGGAAAUGAAGAAAAUGAUGACGGACAGUUCAGUUCUGACUCUAAGGAAUGGGAAACACAUGCAGAGACUUGGAGAUGUCAAAAUCCCCAAAACUUUGGAUUGGAGAACACAAGGCUAUGUGGGUCCUGUGCGGAAGCAGAAUGGUUGUGGCGCUUGCUGGGCUUUUGCUGUGGCUGCCUCCAUAGAAAGCCAGCUGUUCAAGAAAACAGGCAAAAUGACUCAGCUGAGUGUACAGAACCUAAUCGACUGUGCUAGAUCUUACAGCACUUAUGGCUGCAAAGGAGGCCUAGUUUAUGGUGCCUUUCUGUAUGUGAAGAACAACAAAGGUCUGGAAGCUGAGGCCACCUAUCCAUAUGAAGCAAAGGUGAGACGUUGCAGGUACCGUGCUGAACGAUCUGUUGUUAAGAUCACCCGCUUUUUGGUUGUCCCAAGGAAUGAAGAGGCCCUAAUGAAUGCGUUAGUGACUCAUGGGCCCAUUGCUGUUGGAAUUGAUGCUGGACACGAAUCUUUUACAAACUAUGCCGGAGGUAUAUACCAUGAACCUAAAUGCAAAACUGAUAAUCCUACCCAUGGUCUACUGUUGGUCGGUUUUGGUUAUGAAGGCAGAGAGUCUGAUGGCAAGAAGUAUUGGCUGUUAAAGAACAGCCAUGGUGAGAAAUGGGGAGAAAACGGCUACAUGAAGCUUCCCAGAGAUCAGAACAACUACUGUGGAAUUGCUUCCUAUGCCAUGUACCCUAUAUUGUGA